AAAAUUUUUCAGAGAUUUACUUUCAUUUUAUUUAUUAAUUUUUAAAUGUUAUUUGCCGUAAUCACGUCUCAACAUAAUUAUGUAUUUCCUCAAUCUUUUUAGUGUGGUGAUCGAUCGUUCUCAACGCUAAACUAUCUGAACGCGUUCUGUUUUUAAUGUUGGCAACAGCGCGUUGCUGUUGUCGUUUGUCUCGUUGCGCUCUAUGGUGGAUGUAUGUGCGUUUUGCCGCCAUUUGGGUAAAAACAGGUGAAAUUUGUGAAGACAGAAGACAGGUGUUGUUUAUACAUGUUAUUAAAUACUUAUGAACGUGCGCAUAGUGCAUAAUUUCCCUGGGAUACCAAAAUCUUGUGAUCUUCCGAACCCAUCCGCCGUAAAGAAAAGGGUACUGUCUACUACUUCACCUCAAAUUUGUGGCGUUCCAGAUUAAAGCUUACGUUUUUACUGCUCGCAAAUGUUAAAUUAUUGAGAGCUUAUGGAGUUUAUUGUGUGUACUGCUCAUGGGAAGCGUAAGAAGAAAGUAUAUCCAAGAAUGGUACUGUUUUGUUGGGGAGCCCCACGUAUGGUGAAGAAUUUUCAUCACUGAGAGGCGGUCAGAACUAGCAUUUCAAAGAAAUUUUUAUGUACAACGAAGAUAUUUCAAUAACAUCCUGCCUGAAGGAAGAAGGUUGUAUUUUUGCCUCAAUUUUGGGGAUGAUUUACUGUGGUUGGGGUACCUGAUAUGGUGACAGUUGUCUAGAAGUUGUGAUGCGCAGUCCACAUCGACUAACCCAUGAUCUGAAGCAAGCUACUGGCUCUUCAGUGGAGCAUCUUCUUCACAGGGACCUGAGAAAUGAAAGAGGAUCAGUGACUGUUGGUCUUUUGGACAAAAAGUUUGAUUUGGACUCCAGUUCUACCAGUAGGAGAAAAGACCUGUCUGCUAGUGAGGUGAUGGUAGAGGCAGACCCUCGGGUCUGCAUGGGGGACAUGGAGACAAGUGCUUGUGAAGGUGAUGUAGAGCAGUUGCAGUGUGAGUGGAAACGAGUGACGAAUCCAACAGGACCGCAGCCAAGACCUCGGCAUGGACAUCGAGCUGUUGCCAUCAAGGAUUUAAUGGUUGUGUUUGGUGGUGGAAAUGAAGGGAUUGUUGAUGAGCUCCAUGUUUACAAUACUGCUACAAACCAAUGGUUUGUACCUGUUACAAAAGGGGACAUUCCUCCAGGAUGUGCAGCAUAUGGUUUUGUUGUGGAUGGAACGAGGAUCCUUGUGUUUGGUGGAAUGGUGGAGUAUGGAAAAUACUCAAAUGAGUUGUAUGAGUUGCAGGCAAGUCGAUGGGAGUGGAAGCGCCUGAAGCCCCGUCCUCCAAAGCAUGGUGCGCCACCUUGCCCUCGACUUGGUCAUAGUUUUACUCUCAUUAAUAAUAAAAACUAA